GCCAAGUAUUCUUUAAAUCCGCAUAGUCCCAGAUUCAUUCCUCGCCGAUGCAAGCACAGUGACGUCUUACCAAUCUGCCCCUCAUCACCUGACCUGCAUUGCAACCUCGCCUUUUUCCUUUUCUUACCUUCCUCUUUUUUUCUAUUCCUUCCUCAAUCCCCAGAGAUAGUCGUAACACCACUAACCGGACAUGACUCCGGACCAAAACCCCCCGGUCCAAGUUCGCACGGACGAAGUGCCAACUGACAUUACCAAGCCGAAAUGGUAUCCUCGCGCAUUGAUCCGGCAGGCUGAGCGCUCGCACCGUCGAUUGCCAGGGAUUAGGAAGGUUCCCCUUCGGGCGAUUGCUGCGAUUUUGUUCAUCGCGUUUUUAAACGUUUUGGUUUGGAUUGCUGCGGCUGUUGUGUUGCAUUAUUAUCCGUCUCUCGUGUCGAAUGCUGUGCUUUCGUAUACGCUGGGUUUGAGGCAUGCUUUUGAUGCAGACCACAUUUCGGCCAUUGAUUUGAUGACCCGGAGACUGCUUGCGAGUGGCCAGAAACCCGUCACCGUGGGCACCUUUUUUUCCUUGGGACAUUCGACGAUUGUCAUCAUCACCUCGAUUGUUGUGGCUGCCACUGCUGCUGCAGUCUCUUCUCGCUUUGACAGCUUCAGCACCAUCGGUGGCAUCAUCGGCACCUCUGUCAGUGCGGCGUUUUUGAUCCUACUGGGUCUUAUGAACGCGUACAUCCUGUACAAGCUGUACAGACAGAUGCAAAAGGUCCUGGACCUUCCCGUCGGUCAAGAGGACGAGGCGUGGAAGGUCGAGGGUGGGGGAGUCAUGUUCAGUGUUCUUCGGAAAAUGUUCAAGCUUAUUGACCGGCCAUGGAAGAUGUACCCUCUAGGCGUCCUCUUCGGUCUUGGUUUUGAUACAUCCUCCGAGAUUGCCCUCCUUGGUAUCUCCUCCAUCGAAGCCGCACGAGGAACCAACAUCUGGGUCAUCCUAGUCUUUCCCAUUCUCUUCACCGCGGGAAUGUGUCUCCUCGACACCACCGACGGCGCCCUAAUGCUCUCCCUCUAUAUCCAACCCGCCGCCAACUUCCUCCCACCCAAACAAGACGGCACCAUUGCCUCGGACGACCUCCUCACCGACCAAGAACAGCAACAACCAAGCGAAGACAUCCACGCAGCCCAGAACCACCGUGACCCAGUCGCCUUUCUCUACUACUCCAUUGUCCUAACCACGCUCACCGUCAUCGUGGCAAUCGUCAUCGGCAUCAUCCAGCUCCUCACCCUUGUGCUGAACGUCGCCGAACCAACGGGUAGAUUCUGGGACGGUGUGCAAACAGCGGGUGACUACUACGAUGCUAUCGGUGGCGGGAUCUGUGGGUGUUUCUUGGUUAUUGGGUUGCUUAGUGUUUUUGUUUACACGCCGUGGAGGAGGUGGAUUGCGCGUCGGAAUGGACGGCCGGUUGUUGAGCCUGUUGAAGAGGGUGGUUAUCGGGAUGAUUUUACGGAUGAGGAGGAUGCGAAUGCGAAUGUGAAUGCAAACCGUGAGCGGGAGCAGAGUGUCCAGGCUCCGGGUAAGACUGGUUCGCAGGUUACUGUGAGACCGGCGGGUGGAUCGUCGAGUUGAUGUGCUGUGUUCUGAUGCGG